UUUCUGAGUGGAUUUUGCCCUGUUUCAUGUUUAUUUUUGGCCUAGAAGUUUGGUUUCGAUCUUGAACAUGGAAAUGAACUGCUAAAACGGUAAUUUCAUAGCCACUAACUAGUUCUAGCAUGUGUAUUAGAAAAAAGUAGCUCUUGAAUCCAUUAUGUGUUCAAUCAUUCGAUGCUUCUGUUUUUCUUAUCUUAUUAUUUACUGAUUCUUGAAAUUCUUCAUGAACCUGGGCAUUAUUUGUCCGUUAGACGGUCAAGUUGAUUAGUGUAAAUUCAGAUGAUGGCGUGCUAAAGCUAGGGGAAAAACUAAGCUCCAAGUUGCAACCUCAUUUGCCUAAUCAAUCCCAAUACGAUACCGAUACGGCGUCCAUUUUUGGAUUUCUUUCUAUGCUAGCAGCAGUUCCCUGCAAUUCCAUACAGUUGCACAAAUCUAACUUGUUCUUUAUGCAUUAUGAAGAUCUUGAGGUUAUGGGUAGAGGUGUUUGCACUGGCAAAUGAAGGAAAGGCAGCGUUGGCGACCUGAGGAGGAUGCUCUGUUGCGUGCGUAUGUGAAGCAAUAUGGUCCUAGAGAAUGGCACCUUGUAUCAGAGCGGAUGAACAAACCUCUAAACAGGGACGCUAAAUCCUGUUUGGAGAGGUGGAAGAACUAUCUUAAACCCGACAUCAAGAAAGGAUCUCUUACAGAAGAAGAGCAGCGUCUUGUUAUCCAUCUUCAGGCUAAGCACGGAAACAAGUGGAAGAAAAUCGCAGCUGAAGUUCCAGGGCGAACAGCCAAGAGGCUCGGGAAGUGGUGGGAAGUUUUUAAAGAAAAACAGCAACGAGAACAGAAGGAGAGCAACAAGAUUAUAGAUCCACUCGAAGAGGGAAAAUACGACCACAUUUUGGAGACAUUUGCUGAGAAGCUUGUGAAAGAGCGUAGCGUUCAAGGAAUCGUAAUGGCUACUUCGAAUGUGGGGUUUCUUCAUGCAGAUGCUCAUGCUCCUUCCCCUCCUGCAACACUUCCUCCAUGGCUAGCUAGUUCUAGCACAACCACAACUGUAGGGCCACCAUCCCCAUCAGUGACCUUAAGUCUCUCAUCCUCAACGAUACCACCAGCACCUGCACCUACACCCGCGAUUCCAUGGUUACAGCCCGAUAGAGGGCCUAAUAUUGUCUCUCACGUUCCAAGUAUAAUGCCAUCUCUCGGAAUUGCUCCUUUGGCCGGAGAGAACCAGAUGGUUUCUGAACUUUUGGACUCUUGUCAAGAACUUGAAGAAGGGCAUCGUGCAUUGGCAGCACAUAAGAAAGAAGCUGCGUGGAGACUGAAAAGGGUGGAAUUGCAAUUGGAAUCAGAGAAAGCAUGCCGGAGGAGGGAUAAAAUGGAAGAAAUAGAAGCAAAGAUCAGAGCCCUUAGAGAAGAGCAGAAGACUGCUCUGGAUUGCAUUGAAGCGGAGUAUAGGGAACAAUUAGCAGGAUUGAGGAGGGAAGCAGAAGCGAAAGAACAGAAACUGGCCGACCAGUGGGCUGCAAAGCAUUUGCGUCUAACAAAGUUUCUCGAGCAGAUGGGGGGUAGAUCAAUAGUCGAGCCACAUGGCCGGUAAAGUAGCCUAGUUCUCAUCGGCUUACUGUUGCCUGCCACAGCUGUAAUAUAAGGAUAUUAAGCCUUUUUGAAAUAUAGAAUAACUUGGUGUGUGGUCAAUCUCGUGUUCAGUGUAAGACUCUCCAGAAGGCAUCUAUCUACAUAUUAUCAAUGUAUUUGCAUGGACUGUUUAGGCUAAAUUAUCUGCUGCUAGGGAUCCGAUGUCAACUACAAGCCAUUAAUUUGCUCGAAAGAAGCUUCCUGCAAUUGCAAUAUUGAGACGAUUGAGUUGAGUAUUAAGUGGCAUCUUCUGAAUUUCUGCUUUCAGACUGCAUCACAGUUGCAGGGAUGGUUGAGUUUACAUUAGAAAUUGACAGUAUUGAUGUUAAGAGUUGCAUUCUCUCUUUCUGCUAAAUUCUAUGGAGUUCUGCUUACAAGUUUUCGCAGCAAUUGAUUCUUACUUGGGGGCUUUGCUUCAUGUUUCAAAAUAUUAUUAUAUUUUAUGGACUCACCAGAGUUAAUUUCAGUAUGCAUGAUUUCUAA